CAUACACAGCAGAAGCAGGUAAUGAGAUUAGCUUGAAUGAUGCUCGUUUGAACUUGGAGAGAAUAUAUUUUGAACACUGUCUGGUUUGAAUGUAAUGGUUAUAAUGGCAUGAAUGUGAUUGUGUAAUAUGAUGUGAUUUCCUUCUGUGUCAGACUACAGAUCUAUUAUGCAGAGGUCAUCCCCAAACACAGACUGUGGAGACCAACUAUGUCUUUUCUCAGGACUGUUUUAAAUGACUCUGUCCUCAUUCGUCCUCCAGGCUUCUAUAUCAUUGGAUUUGAGACUUUUCCUUUCAUAAGUGUCUAUUUCAUAUUUCUAGCCUUUGUUUAUGUAGUUACAGUGUUGUUUAACGGUUUGGUGAUCUACAUAAUUGUUUUUAAUCACCGUUUGCACACUCCUAAAUUUUUUGCUGUUCUCAACCUUGCAGUGAUUGAUGUAAUACUAAAUACUUGUACUAUUCCCAGCAUGAUCAAGGUAUUUCUCAUGAAGGACAGCUUUAUUCCAUUUAACCUAUGUUUGGUACAAAUGUUUGUCUAUUAUGCUUUUGGGACUUUGGAGUCAUAUGCACUGGCUAUACUUGCCUAUGACCGGUUGAUUGCAAUAUGUUUCCCUUUGCGUCAAAACUCAAUCAACACAGUGCAGAGUAUGUGUUGUAUUGUUGGAGUGUCAUGGGGGUUUGGUCUGGGAAUAAUUGCUUUUUCAGUAGGUAUAAUGACUCAAUUGUCUUUCUGCGGGUCUGUGAGAGUGUUCAGUUAUUUCUGUGACUACGCACCUGUGUUUAGACUUGCCUGUAACGAUUACACAAUGCAUUGGUGGGCGGCGUCUUUGCUUACUUUCUUGCUUCUUGUACUGCCCUUUACUUUCAUCCUUCUAUCUUACGUCAGCAUCCUGGUGACAGUGUUCAGGAUGAAAUCUUUGGACAGUCGAGUGAAAGCUUUGGCCACUUGUGUUGAGCAUCUGAUUCUUGUUGCUGUGUUUUACAUUCCCCUCAUCAUCAUUUUUACCAUUGGCUUUUAUCUGCAGCUCAUUGAUCCAGACCAGCGUGUCCUGAGCCUGUCGUUGGCCUCUUGCCUCCCACCCUGCAUCAACCCUAUUGUCUAUUCUUUAAAAACCAAAGAGAUUAAAAUCAGAGUGCAGGCACUGAUUAGAAAAAAUAAUGUUGGUGUAGACCAAAGUAAGAACAAACCUUGGAGAGUUUUUAAAAGGAAGGGAAACAUGAGUCCAUAAAGGUUUCUGUCACAGCCAUUGGUGUACUUUAAGAAACAGCUACACAAAGCCACUAUGAAUGUAUUGUAUACCAGCACUUUUUCCCUACUUUUAAUUGUUUUCAUUUUAGUAACUGAGACUGAGAUUUGGUUUACACAGUAAAAGGCUUGUUUGUUAAAGUCAUUAUCCACCACUCCCUGGUACCAGAUAUUGGACACAUUGUACUGAUGAGAUUUUGUUUCUGUUUUUUGUCUUUGUCCACUUUGAAUAAGAAAACACAGAUCUUCUUUAAGCAAGGUCAACAUUA